UUGUGGAGUUUCAGCCUCCAAAAGACCUUCACGCCUCGUCAGCCCUGUUGUCCGCCAAAUCGUGAGGCUGCCAAGCAAGCAUCACACCGCUCCGGCCGCGAAGAGGCGACGGAAGGCCACGACCGUCUUGACGCUGUCCACUUGAACCACCCACCAUCAGCUACACUUCGCUCGGUUUCUGUGGUCAAGUGGGAAGGAGAAUGUGAAGCGCAAGCGUCCAGCCCGCCACGCUUUCCUUGA